CCAUAAGAUUCCAUCGGAUUCCAUAAGAUUCCAUCGGAUUCCAUAAGAUUCCAUCCAACUCCGUAAGAUUCCAUGAUUCCGUAAGAUUCCAGGAUUCCAGGAUUCCGUUUUUUCCCCCUUGAUCUAGUGUCAUUGUUGGUUGCACUGUGUAACUCUGGGUGGUGGCAUUUAUAGAGCGAACAGAUCCAACUAUUAUCUUCUCCUCCUUGUGACUCAACGUGCGAGUAGAGUACAGUUCUAGUUGGAUUCCACUUUGAUCUGUGUUAAUAACCUGGUCGGCUCCAUACUUGGUAAAAGCUUGCGCACAUCAACCACGAAUUGAUUGGCCGAAGUUGUGAUCAUUUCCUGACUUUCUGUUUGGUGCUUUAUCAUAGUCUAUAAGAAACACGUAGUUUCAUUAAGUUUGGUCUUAAAAUAUUUUCGAGGAAAUUGAAGAUUUUCAAAAACCGAGAGGUCUAAAACUCGUAACAGCCUCUUUUGCUUAUUUUAAUCUUCUUUUAGAAUAUACAGAUUUCUUUCGCCGAUUCAUAAAAGCUUAUCACAAAUCUCUCACCUUGCACGAGAUGAUAUUGUAUUUGUAUUUGAAGGUGUACAGCCAAUAGCUUGAAGCCACGAAACUCUCUCAAGACUCAUCCAUGGCUUUUUUAAAAGCCUACCGACGAAGAUCAAUAUCGUGCACCGGCAAGCCUUUUUCCCGAGCCCGUUUGAACAUAUCAAAUACAUGAGCAUCAAUUUUGUCGAGCUUCUGCUUCUUCGUUCCAUGUUUCUCAAGAUGAUGACGAAAUUGCGCGAGAUAGUUUUGGUGCGGGAUGCGUCAAAAGUGAUGUUUCACUGUUUCCCAUCGUCGCUUUCGUUUUCCAGUUGUUGGAUUGAUCUCAUCAUAAAAAUUGACUGCCUUAGUCAUGUAAUCAAGUGAAAAUUCUUUGCACAACGCGUUCUCCUCGUCCUCUUCGUCGCCAUUCCAAUCUGGAUCGAACGCACCUUCAGCUUCAUCUUUAUUUUCAUCUUUAUACUCCACACCAUUGAUCAAUUCGCCGUCGACCGACUCAUGAGCGAAAGUUGUUUCGACUUCGGAGAAGUGCGAGUGACUGUUGACAAUCGACUCAAGUACACCGCACAGCAGCUCGGCUACUUCACAUUCACGAUUUGUGAUGGCAGUGGUGGUCGAAGUGUUCGAAAGAAUGGAAGACAAUAAGUCGAUACUCGAUCAGCGAAAACCUCUCCGACAAUUGCUGGAUUGAUCAUUUUGAAGUAGAGACCAGAAAAACUGAUAUCAACUGCUUGCUUGUAUCUCACUUGUAUAUUGUAUACAAUCGAAUGAAAAGAAAAACGGCGGCACAGUACAAAUUACAGAUCAAAGAGAACGAGAGAAUGAAACUUGAAGAGCGUGAGAGAAAGAAUGUGAGUAUAUAACAUUUAUCAUCAAAACAUGAUGGCAUGUCAGCGAAGAAAACGGAAAGUAAUAUAAUCGAUGGUGUCUCCUCGUCGCCCUUUCACCGAGUAUUAUUUUAUGGUUCUUAACGAUAUCAACGAUAAGAUGAAGAAUUUUGAACGCUCUAUGAGUUGAUGAACAACGAGUAGAUGUGUUACUGAUUAAAUUUGAUCUAACUCCUAAUUCAGAGUAGGUUACAUGAGCAGUGCGUGAACCUGAGAAAUUUUUUACCCUAAUACUCUACUAUUCUCCAAAAACAAUAAUUUUCUAUUUCACUCUAUCGUUUUCUAUGUAUCUUGAGAAUUCGAUAUCUCUGGUAUAAAGGCGCGAGCGUACGAAUCCUUUUGAGGUUUUUCAUACCUCAUCGAGAUCUAUCUAUCGCCAAAAGAUCGACCUUAAAGGACUUGAGCACCUAAAUAUGUUCCCUCGUAAGUACAAAUAUAAGAAUUCAAAUUGCUCCCUGACGGCGAAUGGAUAUCAUAUUGUAUUGUAUUUUAUUUCCUAAAUGAAAGUUAUUGGGACCGUAUUUUCGUCUUAUACGCAUUUUAUUUUCACUAUUCUUAGUGAGCGUAAGUCACCGUACGUCGUCGUUUGCCAUUAUAUGUGCAUGAGCUUUAUAUUCUGAUUAAAUUAUCUAAUGUAGUGAUUGACUCUAGAACUAUACACCGUUUAUACGAGAAAUUGAUAUUAAAAAAGAAGAGUCGUCUGAUAAAUAUCCGGCUUUGCUCAAUGUACUGCUAUCAAAUGGAGUAAACAAUGCUUUAGUUUAACUAAAGUAGUUGCUUCUUAUUUAAAAUUCAAUACUUUAUUCUUUAUGGAUUCAAUAUUUAUAAUGAUUGUGAACGUAACACAACAUUUCCAAGCCAUUUUUGUAUUAUUUGAUCUGAUUUUACUAAUUAUUCAAUUAUUCGUCAUCCAUUAUUACAACUAAUGAAUAAAAAAAGUCAAUAAUGGAGAAUAAUGAGCAGGAUCAAUAUCUGUGUGGUUCAUCAAAUGAAAUAUAUACUUUUAAAUAAUAUUUUGUUUUUUUAGUUAAUGAUUGUGAAAAUGGAUCUGAUAAACCAAGUAUAUGUCCACAACGACAAUGUACAUCAACACAAUUUCAAUGUGAAAAUCAAAAUUGUGAAUCGAUAGUAUGCGAUGAAGAUUGUGGUAGAGAUGAUGCAUUAACUUCUCGAACAUUUCUGAAUCGAUACUUUAAAUGUUCAUCUGAUCAUUGUAGAAGUAAUACAAGUCGUUGUGACUAA